CCUAGAAAGUUGGUGCAUAGCUUUGCAGUUUGUAUCAGUUUGUCUCUUGAUUUCAAGUACAAUUCACAAUGGAGCUACAUGGGCUUCUUUUGCUCUCCCUUCUCUUGUUUUCUUUUCAUAGCAUCCCUUGUUUCGGAAAUUCAGAAGAAGACGCUGGAUUAUAUAACAUAAUGGAACAUCCUAAAUAUUAUGGUGCUUUUGAUGGAGAGGAAAACGCAACAGAUCGAAAUCCUGAUGGGUUUAUCACGCAGAGUGUUGAUGAAGUUGAUGGUAUCGCUGCUUCGGAAGUCGUGAAUGUGGCUGAUUAUGGUGCUAAAGGCGACGGAAGUGAUGCUACAGAGGCCUUUAAAAAGGCUUGGUUGAAAGUAUGUUCAUCGCCCUCUUCAGCUACUCUCAUGGUACCUGCAAAGAAAAGCUACUACUUAAAGCCUACCACCUUUUCUGGUCCAUGCAAAUCAGAAGUCACAGUGAUGAUCAAGGGAAUGAUAAAGGCUCCCCCACAUAGAUCAGCAUGGGAUGGAACUAACAGGAGGCAUUGGAUCCUAUUUAAUGGAGUAAGCAAUCUUCAGGUUACCGGUGGAGGAAUCAUCAAUGGCAAUGGGCAGAUAUGGUGGAAGAAUUCCUGCAAAAUUAAUAAAUCUCUUCCUUGCAAGAAUGCUCCGACUGCGAUCACCUUUUACGGAUCAAAUAACUUGGUGGUUGAGAACCUGAAGGUGAAAAAUAGCCAGCAGAUCCAUGUACAGUUUGAAAAAUGUACGAAUGUUAGAGCAUCUCACCUCAGUAUCACAGCACCGGAGAAUAGCCCAAACACUGAUGGAAUUCAUAUUACAAGCACUCAAAACAUAAAUUUGGACCACUGUAACAUUGGCACAGGUGAUGACUGCAUAUCAAUCGUCGAUGGUGCUCAAACUGUCAAAGCAACAAAUAUCAUUUGUGGUCCAGGCCAUGGAAUCAGCAUUGGAAGUCUUGGAGCUAAAAAUUCAGAAGAUCAUGUCUCAGACGUGAUAAUUGACACGGCUAAAUUGACAAGUACAACCAAUGGGCUUCGAAUCAAGACUUGGCAGGGAGGCAGUGGCUAUGCAAAACAUAUUCGUUUUCAAAAUGUCUACAUGAAAAAUGUACAGAAUCCAAUAAUCAUAGAUCAAAAUUAUUGUGACUCCAAGGAACCAUGUCAUCAACAGAAAUCGGCGGUGCAUGUAAGUGAUGUUGUAUACAAUAAUAUCAAAGGGACAAGUGCUUCAGAUGUAGCAAUCGAUUUCGAAUGCAGUAAGAGUGUUCCUUGCCAAGGGAUUGUGUUGCAGGCCAUCAAUUUAGUUAAAGAAAACGGGGGAUCCGCAAAAAGUAUAUGCAAGAAUGUCAAUUUGACUAAAAAAGGAACUGUCAUCCCCCCUGCUUGUGCUUGAAGACAUUAUGAAAAGGGAAAUAUUUGCUAGUAAAAUUAUUGUUGAUGUUGUAUUAAAAUAAAUUAUGUGUGUUAAUCUCACAGUCUUUAUAAUAAUAAAGAAAAUUCCAGGUAUUUUCUUUUCUUUC